AUGUCUUCUAACAGUGUAUCUCACCGCAGAGCCCAUAACCUGCUUCUCAUAUCCAAGCUACUCAAUCUCCGAGAAGGCGCUGCGCCGUUAACCCUCGUUCAAGACUCACUGGAGCAAUCAGCUGCGCCGCUGUUGAAGGAGUAUAUUCGACGGACUAAACUAUCCAAAGGUCAUAUAACUUUCGUCUCGUUUGAUACGUUGACUCGCCCCGCUGGCGUUGAUUCGUUUAUAACCACCACUGGAAAGGCAUACGAGCAGAUCGCAAAGGAAGUGGUUGCGUCAUAUCCAUCCUAUCAGUCGUCGGAGAACCAAAAUAUCACUCCCAAAAGAUGUCUCGUCAUAAUCGACUCAGUCCACCCGCUGCUUUCACCUCGAGCUGGCGCAGACCCAGUCUACCUGCCUGAAUAUUUGAGCUCGGUGCUGGGGCCCCCUUCGCCGCACAUGCAGGUCUCACUUGUCCUGGUUCAUCAUCGUCACAUACCCCCUUCGCCCAGCUUGAACCAGUAUGCGCCAUCUCCACUAUCGCUCUUGAGCUACCUUGCUACCACAAUAAUCACAAUCCAUUCGGUUUCACAGAUGCUUGCUCGCAGGGCAGCUCUGGACAGGAGUUUGGCGCCGCCAGUAUUUGGGCUGGAAGAAGAAGUUGACGGGGUUCUGAUUGGAAGAGUAAAUCAAAGCUCCAAGGGUGAGCGUCAAGACGGAAUCGUGGUGGAAAUGGAGCAUAGACGGAAGAGCGGGCGAGGCAUAGUCGAGUGGUACUUUUUACCUCACGCAUCCAAAUAUCCCGCCAAGCAAGCUACGGAGGUGGUGAUUUUGUUAGACGACCACCCGCUGUUUAAGCGAAAAGACGUUGAAGUGAACGAGGAUUCUUGGGAGCCUGAAUCGACAUUUGAACUUGGGUUAACGGAGAGACAGCGGAAAGACAGAGAUAACGUAGUGCUGCCUUAUUUCGACGCCCAGAAAUGCGACGGCCCUGGAGAAGGUGGACGUAUCCUCUAUGACAUGGGCGAGGAAGACGAUUUCGAUGAGGAAGAAGACGAUAUCUGA